AUGAGAACCAAUAAAUCUACAUUGAACAAGAGUAACGUUACAGACCUUGAGACAUUCUUCAAGGCCAUUGGAAGAAAGACAGUUGAACAUGUUGAAGCGUUUGAAGGCGAUUUAAACAAGUUUCUUGAGCUGGACGGACCAAAGUUGAAGGAAAUGGGAAUAGACUGUGCACAACGUAAAUACAUGCUAAAAUGGAAACACAAGUAUGUCAAUGAUUUGGAGAACUUACGAGAACACAAACAAGGUACCAAGAAACAUGGAGGUGAACGGAAACAAAAGGAGGUUAGGGCUAAGAAGAGAGCGUUGGAGCGGUUGGAAGAACGUAAGAAAUUUCAAGAAUUGGAAUUGGAAGCUGAACAAAAGGGUGAACGUGACUUCUGA